AACCGCUCUGUAUUAACGCCGUUGUUUCAACCCGUUAUUUGGCUGUUAGUGUCGUCGUUCGUGAACGUCAGUCUCGUAAUCGUCAUAUUUCCGACGACACUGUGACCAGGUAGCGUUUGACAGGAGGCUGUCCUUGGCUAGCCGGGCUAGCUUGAGCGAGCUAAACAACGAAAACAAACCUUCUGCAUUGACUGUGUAUGAAGUUGUUGGUCCCGUGUUUGUGUGGCCCCCUGCCCCCCUCAGGUCAGAGCUGAGGGUUGGGGUCAGGUAGUGGGCUAAUGUCAAACAGUCCUGGUGAAGAGGGGGGUCUGUCUCAGGCUGCCCCAAACGUCAACACCCAAGACCAGUUUGACAACCCCACUCAGACUGUGGUAACAGGGAACACGCCUGCAGAUCAGCUGUCGCCUGCAGUGGAUGAGGCCUCUCCCUCUUCCACCUCCUCCUUUGAGAUGCUUGACAUGGAGUCGGUCCCAGCUCCUUAUCAAGAAGUCCAGCCUCACUGGUUCUUCUGUCGACGGGCUGAUGACAACACCUCCUGGCUCCCUUUCAGCAGAGAAGACUCUGACAAACUAGAGAACGCCUACAACACUGUAGGAGAUGAGGAGGAGGAUGAGGUUGUGGUAGCUGUGGAUGGAGAGCGAUAUGACAUACGUGUUAAGGAGAGGAAGCGUUAUGCUGUUUACUGGGAGCAAGGUCCCACUGAAGUCCGUCGCUGUACCUGGUUCUAUAAAGGAGAUAAAGACACCAGGUUCAUGCCUUACCCUGAGGACUUCAGCAAGAGUCUGGAGGAGGCCUAUAUGAUAGCAGUGACCUUGGAUGAAUGGAAAAGGAAACUGGAGUUUCCCACCGGAGAGACAGUCAUCUUACACAAUCCCAAGCUGAUAAUGCAGUAUCAGCCAAUAGGAUUACAGGAUGAGUGGGUGUCCUCCCCCUCGGAGCAGGCCCGGCCUCGAACAGUCAAGAGGGGAGUGGACAACAUCUCUGUAGAAAUACCUGAUGGUGAACCAGAAAAGGUGGACCACCUUGUCUUCAUGGUUCAUGGCAUUGGCCCUGCAUGUGACUUGCGCUUCCGAUCCAUCAUACAAUGUGUAAAUGACUUCAGGAGUGCUUCCCUGUCCCUCCUGGCCUCUCAUUAUAAGCGUGCUCAGCAGGAUGGCCAGAUAGGAAGAGUGGAGUUCCUCCCAGUCAACUGGCACAGCGCUCUACACGGGGAUGCCACUGGUGUGGACGAGGACAUCCAGAGGAUCACUUUACCCAGCAUCAGCAGGCUGAGGCAUUUCACUAACGACACUCUGCUGGACCUGUUUUUCUAUAAUAGCCCCACCUAUUGCCAGACCAUAGUGGACACAGUGGCCUCAGAGAUCAACAAGCUCCACACCCUCUUUAAACAGAGACACUCAGACUUCAAUGGGGCAGUCUCUGUAGUGGGUCAUAGCCUGGGUUCGCUGAUCCUUUUUGACCUGCUGACCAAUCAGAGGACUGGAUCAGAAGCCAGAGAGGGGGUGCCGUCUGAUGAGCCAUUUCAUCUGAACUGUGACACCCUGGAGCAGACCCUGACCAGACUGGGCCUGCAGCAAUACCUGGAUACGCUACAGGCAGAAAACCUAGACCUGGAAUCACUGGCUCUUUGCCAAGACAGUGAUCUCAAAGAUUUAGGAAUUCCUCUUGGACCUCGGAAGAAGAUCUUAAACUAUGUCAGGAGGAAAUGGAUUCCAGAGGACUGUAAGGCAAGGAUAGUACGUCUGCCACCAGGUUUGCAAGUUGCACCUCAAGUGACCAACGAUCACGAUGGUAACAAGUCUUCAGGACUGGCGAUGCAGCAGUCCCAGUUCCACAGGGCACAGUCUGUCACCAGUGCUGUCGACUAUGAAUACUUUGACGUGGGCAUCGGACAGACCAAUGGAGGCAUAGCCAAGGGACAGGUAUCCAUUGAUUACCCACAGCUUGCUUUCCAUCCUCAAACAUUUUUUGCCUUUGGCUCUCCUAUUGGAAUGUUCCUGACCGUCCGUGGACUUAAACACAUCGAUCCCAACUACUGCUUUCCAACCUGCAAGAGCUUUUACAACAUCUACCACCCGUAUGAUCCUGUGGCCUAUCGGAUAGAGCCCAUGAUUGUAACAGAGGUGGAUCUGGAGCCUAUGCUGAUCCCUCACCAUAAAGGCCGCAAGAGAAUGCACCUAGAACUAAAGGACAGCUUGACCCGAAUGAGCAUGGAUUUGAAGAACAACGUUUUAGGGUCCUUACGGACGGCAUGGCAGUCCUUUUCCAGAUUACCAGUUGCUGCACUGCCCCCGGUGGAUGAAGGAGAAACUACGAUAGAGAGAGACCGUCAAGAGACCCAGGCCUCAGCUGCAGUCACUGCUUCUGCUAAGAGGGAAGAGAAAAGUGCUGAUUUUUGGACUAAAAUACUGGAGUGGCCCAGGGCCCUUCAUAAGCAUUACUUCCAAGCAGCGAGUGAGGAGGCAGAGUCCUCAGUGUCCGCAGAGCAGACAGAGCAGCCUGAGAUUAAAGUGGGGAUGUUGAAUGGAGGACGAAGGAUUGACUAUGUACUUCAGGAAAAACCCAUCGAGAGCUUCAACGAGUACCUGUUUGCCAUCCAGUCUCAUCUGUGUUACUGGGAAUCUGAGGAUACAGCUCUCCUGCUGCUGAAGGAGAUCUACGACAAGCUAGGUGUGGCCUUUGACCAGCCACAGCAGUGAUAAAGUUUAACGAAUGUAGACUUGCUUAUUUAACACGACAGUACUCUGAAAGUGAGAAAAUGAAGGACAGCUGUCGGAACCAGAGGCCACACAAUCCUCCUUCAGAAUGCCUUACCGUCUGGGUGUUACCUGACUGCCCCGACAAUGGAGACUGUUUGGCGGCAGUCAGGUGAUCUUGGUUCAGAUAUGCCAGUCAUCUUUCAUCUAAGGUAGCGGUGGCUUCUUGGUGUUGCCUUGACUCACACUGCAGGACUGGGUUUGGUGUCUGAUAGUUAUUUCAAAUCCACCCAAACAUCACUGUCAUGCUCCUGGUCGCACUUUUCUGUCUUUUCUUUGAGUCAGUCUUUACUUUGCAUUUUCACUUUACAACAGUUGUUGACAUAUCAUGCGUACAGCUGCAGCAGAAUGAUAUUGAAAGAAAGAAAUAUGAAGAUGACCCACACAGUACAUGUUUAAAUAUGGAAACAUAAUGUAAGUAUAAUGUUUAUCACAUUGGAUUAAAUCCAAAACAUUUAAAAACUAAUACAUUUAAAUAUACCAGUAUAUAAUUAAAUAAUAGAUUAAAAUCUAUACUAUUUUAUGUAAUUCCCAGACCCAUGUACAGCCUACAAAAAAUAAGAAAUGUAGAAAUAUAACUAACUACAGCCCUGUGAUAGUCUGGCGACCUGUCCAGGGUGUACCCCGCUUCUCGCUUAAUUUCAGCUGGGAUAGACUCCAGCCCCCCCACGACCCCUAACAGGAUAAGCGGAAAAUUAACGAAUGAAUGAAUAAUUAACUAUACGAGUGUUCCACAGGGCGUCUCUGUAUGACCCUUUAAACUUAAAGCUGUUAUGACCCACAAAGCUCUCCCUUAGUCUAACAUAAGACCUUACCUGGAAAAAUAAGCUGGUCUGGUUGUUUAAUUUAGUUGACUUUAAACUGUUUAGCUUCUAAUUGGGAAAAUGAAGGUUAAUAUUUUGUCUUCUGGCAGCUAUAUUUCCUUUCUGUUAACUUUAAGGCCACUUGAAACCCAAAGCUGCUACUCCUACAUGUGUGCAAUGUCACAAUAAUGUUGAUGUCACUCCAUUUUGUUGUUUCACAGAUGUAGUCCCGCACUGACACUAUCCUUGAUUAAAAAAAAAAAAAAAGAGUUCAUCUUGCCUUCUAAUCAUAAUUUUUAUUUCACUUGCAUGUACUUUAGUUUGAAGGAUCUAAAAGAAGUGAUUCAGAUGAUUUGUUUCAGAUAUUACAUAGAGACAUGCAGGUGCUUUAAAGGAUAAGCUGAUUAUUUUUCCAUAGUGUGUGUAUGUAUGUAUUGUGUGUGUGUGUGUGUGUGUGUGUGUGUGUGUUUGUUAUAAACUGUACAGAGAGGCCAGUUCCACUUUAUCAUCCCAUGGUCUGUGCCAUUCAUUCCUCUUUUACCACUUUUGAUUCGAAAUGUAUGUUUCUGUAAUUCCUAACAGCAUAAUAUUCUUUAUCCUAAAAUAUGGUUGAUUCCAGUACAGAGUGGCAUCUCACAUACACAGUCCUAACUUUUGUAUAAUGGAAGGGCCAAAUGGUAUGUUUCUCUCAUCUAUUCAUGUGUCAACAUAUUUUAAUUUUCUGUAUUGCAUGCUAUUCUUCAUUAUGUUAGAGCACAUUUUCUGAACAUUUUCUAAGCUUGACCUGAUUGUCCUGUUGAUAAUUCUCAUGGAUCCAGCAAUAAGAGAGUUGUCACAUUGAAAUCAUAUACAUUUUGAAUUAACAAGCAUGAGACAUAGAUUAUAUAGGAAAUUAUGUUUCAAAUUACAAUCAGUUUAUUUUAUAUAAAAAUAUACAUAAUAAAUAUCAAUAUAUCAGUGUUAUAGAUAUCACCAAAUCUGCACCUUCAUAUCAUGUAACAUGGGGUCCAGUUCACAAAGCUGAGAAAUUCCUGUGUUAGAGUGAUUUUACUUUACAAAUGUCACUGGGCACCACAGCCCCUGCCACCAAAGCUCUGCCCUAUAUUUCAGCACUCUGGGUGUAACAAUUGCACAAUACAUAAAUUAAUCUAAUGGGGUUGUUUGUUUUUCUUACUUUAAAUGCACUGAAUACUAAAUGAUAACGUUACUGUUUUCUUGAACAUUACCUCCAUCUCUAUUUCUGUUAUUUUUAGUGUCUAAACAGUAAAACAGGACUUUAAAGAAAUACUUCACCCCACAGAUGACCAUUUGUAUAUCAAUUACUCCUCCUUGCUAUGAGGAAAACUUUGUUUUUCUUGCAUGGAGACUGACUUUGAAGAGAGCAUAAAUAAGUUUCACUUUCAGUCCAGUUUUAAAUACUAAGGUUUUAACAAAAAAUGCACAGGAUUUGCAGUGGACGUGCACUGUAAGAGAGUUUGUGAACAGAUGUUUUGAUGUAGUUUUGCUGUGGUUCAUCACGGCCUCCGUGACUUCUGUUCAUCAAGACUUUUCUCUGGUUUUGGAUUCUUCAUUUAUCCGAGGUAUGCAAGAAAAACAUUUUCUUUACAAAUUCAGUGCAACACAGAGUGAGUAAUUGAUAUACAAAUGAUCAUUUGGGGAGUGAGGUAUUCCUUUAAUGCUCCCUGCCUCGUCUUCCUCACCACAACAACUGUUUCUGCACUUGACACUAAAAUGUUUAAACAUACCAAAAAAACUAAUGUUCUCCUUUCUAAAUACAUACCCUAUGACUAUGGUUACAUGUUGUGUGUGCCAUAAUAAAACAUUACAAGUG